GUCAGCCGUUGGAAUGUUGGCGUUGGUGUUCGUCACGUUUUGCAUCUGCGACGCGUGAGUUGCGACGAGCAUGUCACCGAUUGACCCCAUGAAGCGGUUACCUUAUCCGCAAUCCAACGUUCGACUCAUACAGUCACCCAAAGAAGCACCCAUAACCCCCCACUCUGCUCGUCUAUGCUAUCAUUGUCUCGCUCAUUGCAGUUGAAUGGCCAUCUGGAAGGGAGCGCUGCGCAUCACUAAAUUAAAAAACACACGGCGCAGAUCUGCGUAGGUAGGGCGAAGGAACGGCAUGCAUGGCUCUUCUCCAUCAGGGUCCUCGGUCACCAUGCGAAUAGACCAUAUCGCUCUUGGAUUCCAAAAAGAACUAGCGCAAGCGAAUGGAGGCCCUCGUGUGCUCCCAAACCCACCAGCAGCUGGAGCAGGCGACCCGCACGAUCAUCCCGACACACUCUACCCUCUCCCUCCGCUAAGCUCCGCCUGGAUAGACAAGUUGAUAUUCCUCGGGACGGGUACCUCUGGCCAGGUGCCUGCGAUCCAUUGCAUAACGCAUGAGGACGUGGACGAGCGCGAUGGCGGCUUUGGUGCGAACGUAACAUGCGCUGCGUGCGCCGACGCGCUCAAGUACGGUGAGGCGAGCAGGAAUCGCAGGAAAUGCACGUCGGCUCUCGUGGUCGGUGGGAAGAGCAAAGGCAAAGGCAAAUCCGCUGCACAUGACGACCAACUUACCAUCUUGAUUGACUGUGGUCCGACCUUCUACUCCUCCGCGAUCUACUGCUUCCCACGCUACAACCUGCGACGCAUAGAUGCCGUCCUUCUUACACACGCGCACGCAGACGCGCUCCUUGGCCUUGAUCAUCUGCGAGCAUGGACGAUCGGACACAUGGUCCAGAAAUACGUCGAUGUGUAUUUGACGCAGGAGACCAUGUCGGUGGUCGAGAACAUGUUCCCGUACCUGGUGGACCGAUCCAAAGCAACGGGCGGUGGCGGCGUCGGGGCCUUGCGAUGGCACAUCAUCGACCCAAACAAGAAAUUCACCAUCGGGCGCGGUACCAACACGGUCGACGUCAUGCCAUUGCCAGUCUUACAUGGCUUUGUCAAUCGCAAAGAUCCAUUCGCGUUUGUCGGAUUUAGAAUCGCUGAGCUUUCUUACAUCUCAGACUGCCAUGAAAUCCCCGACGCUACGUCGAAAUUGGUAGAAGGCUCCAAGGUGCUCGUGAUAGAUGCGCUCAAAUGGGAAAGGCACACAUCACACUUCUCAAUCGCCCAAGCAUUACAGUACAGUCUUUCGAUCCGUGAUCUACGACUAGCCCUCCUUACAGAUCUCACACAUAUGGUGGAGCACUGGGACCUGAGCGCCCAGUUGCAAGACUGGGAGCGGGGCAUGCGAGAUGCUGCUGCACUUGUGCUCAAGCGCGGAGAACUCCUGCAAGGACGGUGGUGGUCUCCAUACUGGGAUGAGAAUGCCAGCGAAUACGAUCGGCAUCUCAGCCUAUCGCGGGGGCCACCACCAGCUCUGCCAAGUGGAGAUAUUGCAUCGGUUGCCCUUCCGAUAUUUCGCGUCGCAUAUGACGAGCAAGCUGUGAUCUUUGAGAGAUAGCAUUGCAAAAGGGAAUGUGGGUCUCCAUUACUACAUGGUUGGCCCGUACCGAGGCCCCGUGACUGUGUGUCGUUGAUCCCAAAAAGUAUGGCUACAAGAAGAGGAUACGACCGCGGGAGCAGUUGAUAAUAUCCACAGGUGUCCGAAAAGGAAGCGAGAAAAAGCAUGUAAAGUGUCCGUGGCUCGAUGAAAGGGUGCGCAUGGUGAUGGGCAGGGUGGGAGAGGUAUUCUCUAGGGGUUAGAGGCGGCGGAGCUCUC